AUGUCAUCAUUUCAGUUGCAGAAUGCAGAAGUAUUGGCAAGAUUGAAGCCAUUUGGUAUUCUGUUUGAAAAAUCACUUAGUGAUUUAAUCAAAGGAAUUAGAUCAUAUUCCAAAGAAUCCGCCGAAAGCUUACUGGGGUUCUUGGAUUCUGCAAUUAUGGAAUGCAAGAACGAAUUGAGUACGACUGAUCUAGAGACGAAAGCUAUGGCUAUAUUAAAGUUAACAUAUCUAGAAAUGUACGGGUUUGAAAUGUCAUGGUGCAAUUUCCAAAUUUUAGAGGUUAUGUCUUCGAGCAAAUUUCAACAGAAGAGAAUUGGAUAUUUAGCAGCAAUACAAUCAUUUAAGAAUGAACAAGACUUAUUGAUUCUUGCCACGAACCAAUUUAAGAAAGAUUUAAAUUCACAUAAUCAUAUCGAAAUAGGCCUAGCACUAAGUGGAAUUGCUACUAUUGUGACGCCGAAUUUAUCGAAAGAUAUUAACGAUGAUGUGUUGAUUAAAUUAAAUCAUUCAAAGCCAUAUAUUCGGAAAAAGGCCGUGUUAGCAAUGUACAAGAUAUUUCUUCAAUAUCCAGAUAGCUUGAGGAUGAACUUUAAUAGAAUUAUAGACAAAUUGGAUGACUCUGACAUUUCAGUAGUAAGUGCUACUAUUAAUGUUAUUUGUGAGAUUUCAAAGAAGAACCCAAAUGUCUUCGUCACAUAUUUACCAAAAUUCUUCACUAUCUUGGAAGGGACUAAAAAUAAUUGGUUAAUUAUCAGAAUUCUCAAAUUGUUUCAAAGCUUGUCAAAGGUUGAGCCAAGAAUGAAAAAGAAAAUCUUGCCAACCAUAAUGGAAUUAAUGUUAAAAACACAGGCGUCAUCUUUAAUAUAUGAAUGCAUUAAUUGUAUUGUUAAUGGCUCGAUGUUAUAUCCUGAUUCGUCUAAAGACAAGGAAACUGCUAAAACUUGUAUCGAACAAAUUAUGAAUUUUUUUGAAACUAGAGAUUCUAACUUGAAAUUUGUUGGAUUAAUAGCUUUAAUUAAUAUUCUUCAAAUUUUCCCUGACUUGAUGCAUAAGGUGAAAGGAGUUUCGCAAGUCAUUAUGGAUUGUCUUACUGACAAUGACCUUAUUAUUAAACGAAAAGCCUUAGAAGUCAGUUCUAGUUUAGUAACUGAAGAUAAUAUAACGGAAUUGGUUAAAGUUUUAUUGGUUCAAUUAAUUCCUUCCGAAACAACUACAAUUCCUGAGACUUUGAAAUUAGAAAUAACUAUGAAAAUAUUGACAAUUUCAUCUAAGGAUAACUAUUCAAAUAUUCCCAAUUUCAAAUGGUAUAUUGCUGUGUUGAAGGACAUGAUUAAUUUAACGCUAUUACCAUUGUCCUCGAUAAAUAAUGCAAAUAUUUCCCCAAGCAUAUCCAACUCUAUAGCGAGUGCUAUAGGUAAUGAAUUUAAAAUACUAGCGACCAGAGUACCUUCAAUUAGAUCAGCAAUUCUCAAUAAAGUUAUUUCAGAAUCUGUUCAAGAUGUUAGAGUCUUGGAAAACUGUCCGUUAUUAUUAAGAGACUUUUAUUGGAUAAUGGGUGAAUAUAUUGAUGAGUUUAGAAUUACUUCUGAUGAAAGCGAUGAUGAUGAAGACGAAAACAGCAUUACAGAUACGGUAGAUAUAGGGAAAUUAAUCCAAAUAUUCAAUUCGCUUGUGAACCAUAAAAUUGAUACUAAAUUAAACUUGAUAACUUCACUCAAUUUUCCAGUAUCUGCUAAGCUACUUAAAUUACAACAAUCUGAUGUUCUUGUUGUCUUGAUUCAGGCACUAAUUAAAUUGUAUAAUGGUAUUGUUACUGGUUAUAAUUCCGGUGCUAUUACUGAUGGAUCAAUAACUCAAGAAAACUAUCAGCAACUCAGUUACUUUUUACAUAAAUUAAUUGAUUUUUUGGAAAAUUGGGAGUUCCACUCGAAUUAUGAAGUUCAGGAACGUGCAUUGUCUUGGUUAGAAUUUUUGAAACUAUGCUUAGAGGCUAUGGUUAAAAAUGAUUAUAAGGCCAUUGAAAAGUUAGAACGGGAAGAAGUAGAAUAUUAUAGGCAACUAGCUUUAAUUGAAAAGAAUGAAGAUGAUGAAAAUGAAUUUGAUAGUGAAAGUGGUGAAGAUAGUGAUAGCAACGAAGACAGUGACGGUGACGAAGACAGUGACGAGGAAAGUGAAGAUAGUGAUGAGGAGGAUAAUUUUGAAGAGGGUUUAGAAAAUGAUGGGAAAUCCCAUAUUAACAAAGAUUUGGAAAUUUUAUUAUCGCUGAAUGAUCAAAACGACGAAGCCAAUACAGCUAUCCCAACUGAUAUUGAAGUUACUAGCCCAUCUAUAGAAGGUGUCCUCCCAGUAUCCAAAGAAUACGAAUCUAACUCUUCCAAAUCAUCUAACGAGCAACUACCAAUGUUAUUAACACAUGUUUUACCAUCAUUCUUUAAAUCAUAUCCAUUGAAUCCAAUUUCCUGGAAUUCACAACGUAAGAUUCAAAUUCCGGAAAAUUUAAAUUUAGACAAGCAAAUAAACUCAUCUCUAUUCGAAAUCAUAAGCGAAGACGAAGAUAAUAAUGAAGAUUCUUAUUCUAUGUUUUUGUCUGAUGAUUCUUCUAUGAAUGAUUCAGAUUAUCCAUUAAUUAAUCUUUCUAACGGAGGAAGCCAGGAAGACCUCAGAAAGAAGCAAGAGAGAAUCGAAAGAAUGAAAGACGAUCCAUAUUAUAUUACUUCGACUAAUAAGAAACCAAAAUCAAAGUCAAAGUCAAAGUCAAAUAGACUUCUUGUGGCAGAUGAUGAAAAGCAACCUAGUCCUGAUAUUAAUGAAAUCUCUUCAAUACACUCUGGCCAACAAUUGAAAUCGAAGAAACCUAAAUCCAAAAAAGUGAAGAAAGAAAGAGUCGUUAUUUUAUCGGAAGAAACUAUCGAAGGGUCGAACAAUGAACCUGAACCUGAAAUAGUGACUUCCCUCAAGCCUAGAAAGAAGAAUAUUUUAAAUAUUGAUUCUUCAAAUCUAAAUAACUUCGAUUUGAAUUCUUCAUCGAUUUCAGACGUUGCAUCAACCAUAGAACCUAAGAAUAAGUCUUAUGAAUACGACAUUGAUUUAAAUGACUUGAGAAGUAAAUUGGCAGAGUCUUCACUUGGUAAGAAACCCAAAAAAACUAAGAAAAUUAAAUCAAAGAAAAAGGAGAAAGAAAUUGAUGAAAAUGAAACUGCUCCUUCGGCCAAUGAUGAAGCUAAGGCGGGGAUUAGUAAUACUACAGCUACACCUCAAGAACAUAUAUCUACUACUGAAGAUAAUAUAAUUUCAGUUAAAAAGCCUAAGAAGACAAAGAAAAAAAAUAAGGCAAUAAUUCUAGAAGACUGA